UCAACAGGUGUUACAUCAGAGCCACUAUCAAGUUAUCCUUCAGGGUCAACAGUUAUUACACUAGAAACAUCACCCAGUGUCACAUCAGAACUGACAAUGUCUUCAUCUUCAGAAUCAACUACAGCUGUCUUACUCGAAACAUCCACUGGUGUUACAUCAGAACCAAUAUCAACUUCUUCUUUAGAAACAGCUACAGUUGUCGUACUGGAAACAUCGGCUAGUCUUACAUCAGAACUACCAGUGGCUUCUCCUUCAGAAUCAACUACAGCUGUCACACUCCAAACAUCAACAGGUGUUACAUCAGAACCACUGUCAACUUCUUAUCUAGAAACAGCUUCAGUUGUCACACUGGAAACAUCAGCUAGUGUUACAUCAGAAAUAUCAGUGGCUUCUUCUUCAGAAUCAACUACAGCUGUCACACUCCAAACAUCAACAGAUGUUACAUCAGAACCACCAUCAACCUCUUCUUCAGAAACAGCUACAGUUGCCACACUGGAAACAUCAGCUAGUGUUACAUCAGAGCCACUAUCAAGUUAUCCUUCAGGGUCAACAGUUAUUACACUAGAAACAUCACCCAGUGUCACAUCAGAACUGACAAUGUCUUCAUCUUCAGAAUCAACUACAGCUGUCUUACUCGAAACAUCAACUGGUGUUACAUCAGAACCAAUAUCAACUUCUUCUUUAGAAACAGCUACAGUUGUCGUACUGGAAACAUCGGCUAGUCUUACAUCAGAACUACCAGUGGCUUCUCCUUCAGAAUCAACUACAGCUGUCACACUCCAAACAUCAACAGGUGUUACAUCAGAACCACUGUCAACUUCUUAUCUAGAAACAGCUUCAGUUGUCACACUGGAAACAUCAGCUAGUGUUACAUCAGAAAUAUCAGUGGCUUCUUCUUCAGAAUCAACUACAGCUGUCACACUCCAAACAUCAACAGAUGUUACAUCAGAACCACCAUCAACCUCUUCUUCAGAAACAGCUACAGUUGCCACACUGGAAACAUCAGCUAGUGUUACAUCAGAGCCACUAUCAAGUUAUCCUUCAGGGUCAACAGUUAUUACACUAGAAACAUCACCCAGUGUCACAUCAGAACUGACAAUGUCUUCAUCUUCAGAAUCAACUACAGCUGUCUUACUCGAAACAUCCACUGGUGUUACAUCAGAACCAAUAUCAACUUCUUCUUUAGAAACAGCUACAGUUGUCGUACUGGAAACAUCGGCUAGUCUUACAUCAGAACUACCAGUGGCUUCUCCUUCAGAAUCAACUACAGCUGUCACACUCCAAACAUCAACAGAUGUUACAUCAGAACCACCAUCAACCUCUUCUUCAGAAACAGCUACAGUUGCCACACUGGAAACAUCAGCUAGUGUUACAUCAGAGCCACUAUCAAGUUAUCCUUCAGGGUCAACAGUUAUUACACUAGAAACAUCACCCAGUGUCACAUCAGAACUGACAAUGUCUUCAUCUUCAGAAUCAACUACAGCUGUCACACUCCAAACAUCAACAGAUGUUACAUCAGAACCACCAUCAACCUCUUCUUCAGAAACAGCUACAGUUGCCACACUGGAAACAUCAGCUAGUGUUACAUCAGAGCCACUAUCAAGUUAUCCUUCAGGGUCAACAGUUAUUACACUAGAAACAUCACCCAGUGUCACAUCAGAACUGACAAUGUCUUCAUCUUCAGAAUCAACUGCAGCUGUCUUACUCAAACAUCAACUGGUGUUACAUCAGAACCAAUAUCAACUUCUUCUUUAG